AUCAUGUUGAACAAAUUGCUAAAAUGCGCAACUAUAUUAAACUUCCAUCUGAUAUUUGUCUUUCUUCACAAAGCAUAGACGUAUUAAUAAUUUCUGUUUAUCCUAAUAUAUCACUACAUGCUGGUGAUCCAAAUUAUUUAAUGCACCAUGGAAUUCUUGCUUCAAAGAACAUGGAUGUUCAGUUUAUUAAUUUAACAGUCAUGAAUAUAUAUCUGGGUGAUAAAGUUAAAUACUUGA